AUGGUGGGUGCACUGGUGUUGGCGUGGCUGCUCCUAUCGGCCGCGGCCUGCGCGCAGCGGGAGCAGGACUUCUACGACUUCAAGGCGGUCAACAUCCGGGGCAAGUUGGUGUCGCUGGAGAAGUACCGCGGUUCGGUGUCCCUGGUAGUGAACGUGGCUAGCGAGUGUGGCUUCACAGACCAGCACUACAGAGCCUUGCAGCAGCUGCAGCGGGACCUGGGGCCCCAUCACUUCAAUGUGCUUGCCUUCCCCUGCAACCAGUUUGGCCAGCAGGAGCCCGAUAGCAACAAGGAGAUCGAGAGCUUCGCCCGCCGCACCUAUGGUGUCUCUUUCCCCAUGUUUAGCAAGGUCGCAGUUACUGGCACUGGUGCCCACCCUGCCUUCAAGUACCUGAUCCAGACUUCUGGGAAGGAGCCCACCUGGAACUUCUGGAAGUACCUAGUGGCCCCAGAUGGAAAGGUAGUAGGGGCUUGGGACCCAACUGUGUCGGUGGAGGAAAUCAGGCCCCAGAUCACAGCACUCGUGAGGAAGCUCAUCCUGAAGAAGCGAGAAGACUUAUAA